AUGCCAGUUCCAACAAUAGUGACUGAAGCGCAUCGUCCUGUCAUUGCGGCACUGGUUCAGCAAGGUCUCACCAAUCGGCAGAUCCAACAUGAACUAUCAACACAUCACGAUGUUCACUGUUCACAGAGUACCAUCACUCGAGCCCGCGCCAACUGGGACUUACAGAUACAACCCAACGCUGAGACUCAAGACUUCAACAAUCUUCUAAUCAGAUUCUAUCACGCAUUUCAUCCGAUACUUGAAGAGCGACAUGGCUUCAGUAUCUCACUGCGCACCCUGGCACAAUGCUGCAACCUCCUUGGCCUACAACGCAGGAAAGACGAUGUCGAUCAAGGGCGAGUCACCUUAGAUGAUGUGGCUCACUUGAUUCGACAUGCAAAGCAGCGCGCAGACGUUCAAGACUCUUUGAACAAAUGGAUGGACGAUUAUAACUCUUAUAAGAAGCGACUUGACAAGCGAACAGCGCUCCCCACCGCCUGCGCUCCCAACUUCUGCUACUACGCACCCGCCUCAGAAAACAGCGUUGAGGGCCUCGUUCCAGUCCUGCCAGCCCAUAUUGAUAGGCUCCGCGCUCAAUAUUAUCCCAAUUCUGACAAACUGAUGAUGACAUCUCCCCUGUGGCUCUCUGAAUUCGUCGCUGCAGCACAAGCAUCACUGCAGAUUCAUCCCGCUGGGAUCAAUAUGGAAAAUGCCUGGCCUACAUUUCACAUGAUUCUUGCAUUCAUGCACGCUUAUGAUUCUGCUUUACUCGAGAUCCCCGCAGGACAACCUCGAGAACCAACCAACCACGAACAAGCGGUCAUUUCUGUUCAAACCCAAUUUGGCCGUGUUCCACUAUAG